CUCCACAGAGUCUCUGACUUCUGUCUGUAACGCUGGAGAACAGCAGAUGCUGCAGACACCAGUGAAGAUGUCUUCACUGAAGCUGCUGGACUGCAGGAACCUGAUGAAGAUGAGAGGAGAAACCACAGCAGAGAAACAACAGAGUGAUGAAGAUGAUGAUUUUAUUCCUUUUGACCUGAUGGAGGUGAACGAGGAAAUUCAAGAGCUGAAUGAAAUGGAGGAAAAAUUUCAGAAACUUCAUCAUUUCAAAACUGGAGAAAAUGAUUGGAGUUGCUCAAAGACUAAAAAGAAUUGCCCACCAAAAAAGUCUCGAAGAACUGCCAAAAAUACUUUCAUCUGCUCUCAGUGUGGAAAGAAUUUCACAUAUAAAAGUCACCUUAAUACACACUUGAGAGUUCACACAGGAGAGAGACCUUACUCGUGCCAUCAGUGUGGAAAAAGUUUCACAUCUGUAGGCCAUCUGAAAGAUCAUCUCUGCUGUCACUCUGGAGAAAGGCCAUUUGAAUGUGAUCAGAUAACGUUUGUUGUGGAUACAAACUUAAGAAAACACCUGGAAACUCACUCAAAUGAGAAGCCUUACAAGUGUUCUUUUUGUGGAAAGAGUUUUGCACACCCGUCCUAUUUUAAAGAGCACCAGAAAAUUCAUACCGGCACGAGUGCUUGUGUGUGUUUUGAAUGUGGGAAGAUCUUUAUUACAGCCAGCGACUUCAAACGGCACCAAAGAAUUCAUACUGGAGAGAAACCUUACAAGUGCUCACACUGUGAAAAGAGUUUCACUCAGUCAGAACACCUGAAAAAACACGAGAGAAUCCAUACUGGAGAAAAACCUUACAAGUGCUCACACUGUGGAAAGAGUUUCACUCAGUCACGAAACCUGAAAAUACACGAGAGAAUCCAUACUGGAGAAAAACCUUACAAGUGCUCAACCUGUGGAAAGAGUUUCACUCACUCACUUAGCCUGAAAAUACAUGAGAGUAUUCAUACUGGAGAGAAACCUUACAAGUGCUCACAUUGUGAAAAGAGUUUCACUCAGUCAGAACACCUGAAAAAACACGAGAGAAUCCAUACUGGAGAAAAACCUUACCAGUGCUCACACUGUGGAAAGAGUUUCACUCACUCAAAUAACCUGAAAAUACACCAGAGAAUCCAUACUGGAGAGAAACCUUACAAGUGCUCACACUGUGGAAAGAGUUUCACUCACUCACAUAGCCUGAAAAUACAUGAGAGUAUUCAUUCUGGAGAAAAACUUUACAAGUGCUCACACUGUGAAAAGAGUUUCACUCAGCCACAAAACCUGAAAAUUCAUGAGAGAAUCCAUACAGGGGAGAAACCUUACAAGUGCUCACACUGUGGAAAGGGUUUCACUAAUUCCCGUAGCCUAAAAAUACAUGAGAGAAUUCAUACUGGAGAAAAACUUUACAAGUGUUCACACUGUGAAAAGAGUUUCACUCAGUCACAAAACCUGAAAAUACAUGAGAGAAUUCAUACUGGAGAAAAACCUUUCCAAUGCUCUUCAUGUGGUAAGAGUUUCAGCCAAUUAGGUAAUCUAUAUAGACAUAUAAAGAAUUGCCCAAGUAGUCAUAGUGAGCAAAAUAAUCUCCACUGUCACUCUGCAGAGACCAUUUGAAUGUGAUAAGUGUGGUAAAACAUUUGUUGUGGAGAUAAUGCUAAGAAUACACUUGAAAACUCACAAAAAUGAGAAGCCUUACAAAUGUUCUUUUUGUGAAAAGAGUUUUGCAGACUUGUCCUAUUUUAAAGAGCAUCAGAAAAUACAUACUGGUUUGAGCACUCAUAUGUGCUUUGAAUAUGGGAAGAUUUUUUUUUAGAGCCGGUGACUUGAAACGGCACCAAAGAAUUCAUACUGGAGAGAAACCUUACAAGUGCUCACACUGUGAAAAGACUUUCACUCAGUCACAAAACCUGAAAAUUCAUGAGAGAAUCCAUACUGGAGAGAAACCAUACCAAUGCUCUUCAUGUGGGAAGAGUUUCAGUCAAUUAAGUAAUCUACAUACACAUGGAAAGAAUUCCCUAAGUAGCAGAGGUCUGCAGGGGUCUUAAAAUUUAACCCGACCCGUACCCGAGACUGUGUGGUCUGACCCUACCUGGCCCGAAUGAUACCAUCAGAUUUUAAGCCCAAACCCGACCCGAACCUGAAAUUGCUUAAUAUCUAAUUUCUUCUCCUAGCAAGUGUUGCAAUAGUCUAUAUUUUAUGUAAGCAUAUAGGCAACAUUUGUAACAGUACUGAAACAGUAAACAUACAGAGUUUUAAGAAGGCAAAGCAGCCCCUCAAUACACUAGAGCAGAAGGGAAAAAAGCAUUGACUUACCGUUUAUUUGCUGAAAAUUCACUUGGUGCAAAACAAUUUGGAAUAAUAUGAAACACUGCAACAUCCCACUCUGUGCAGCCUGAACUUGUUUAGAAUGUUGAAUCUUUGUGACAACUGCUCUGAAAACAAUCUAGACGCAGCGCAAAGAAUGAAACAGCACAGGUGUCUUAACAGGCAUUUUUGACAGUUUGAAGUUCUUUUUAACUUGACAUGGUGUUUAAAAUAUGCCGGUCCUGCACGAGACACUGAAGAAAAAGCAAAUGUGAAAGACAUUCGUCCAGCAUGUGUUUAAACAAUGGCAAAACAGAACAGACACGUGCAAAAACACAUUCGGUGUGAACGACCCCUAACUCAUCUGUUCCCAUGUCUGUGAGAGACAAGUUUGGUAAGCCGUUACAAACCCGAAGUCCUACUUGAAGAACUGACCCAAACCCGGCCCGAAAGCCACCGGGUUCUUGGGUCCCGUCAGGGUCGGUUCGAGUUGCAGACCUCUACCAAGUAGUCACAGUGAGCAAAAAUCCUCUUCAGGCCCUUGAUAUCAAGUAAAUAGUUUGAAAUUAACACUUCAGCAUCACUGUCCUGUCAUCACAGGUAUGUGUGGAACAUUGACCGAACAUUGUGUGAGAAGUUCAGACAACAAACUUGAUUCAGCAGUUAAAGGGAUAGUUCACCCAAAAAAAUAAUUUAUUUACCCUCAUGCCAUCUCAAAUUCGAAUGAUUUUUUUUUUUUUGUGGAACACAAAGUAUUUUGAUGGAGAUAUGAUGUAAAUCAAUCCAUCCAAUGGAAGUGAAUGGGGACAAAAUUUUCAAGCUCCAAAAUGACAAAAGCAGCAUCAGGGUAAUCCAUUGGGACUCCAGUGGUUUAAUCCAUGUCUUUAGAAACGAUGCGAUCAGUUUUGGGUGAGAACAGGCCAAAAUAUAACUUCUUUGUAACUAUAAAUCUUGACAUUGCAGUCUCUAAGCACACUCGCCAAGGAGACUGCAGAUGUCAAGAUUUAUAGUGAAAAAGGAGUUGCACUUUGGUCUGUUCUUACCCAAAACAGAGCUUGAAUCGAGAUUGUGAUCUUUGAACGAUUAAUUGUGCAGCUCUAUUGGCAGCUAAUCUUGCACCCCAACAGCUCUUAUAAGGUGCCAGUAUGGUGUCCUGCAUCUGCAAAACCCCUUCCCCCAUUUUAAUGAUGAUUAGAUAAAUAAUACAAUAUUUUGAGAUGAGAGAGGCAGACAUGUGAGCGACAAGCUCUGUGCACUUUGCUAGUUUUUUAAUUAUUUUCAUUUUAUAAUCCGGUGUGAUUCGAUACACCCAGAUACAUAUUUGCUCUUUGAGGUAAACAUGGUAAAGAAGUGAAAAUCCUCAGACUCUGGAGACAUUAAAAGACACUUACGUGCUCUAGCUGAAACCUCUGACAGGCCUGCUAGCGGGGGACUCGAUUUUCAGUGUCAACUCUCCAUCAUAUCGGUGAUGCUGACGAAGGUUGUUGCUGACUUGGAGGAUCUCGCUGUAAUACAUCGAUCGAUUACGGCAAUGGAAACAAAAUUCUCUGAGUUGGUUACAAGAGUGGCAGAAGUUGAAAAACGGAUCGAUUAUUUGGAAUCAUCGGAAAGGGAAUUAUCCGCUAAUCUGCCUGCGUCCAAAAUAGACCUGCAACACAUUUUGGAAAAACUGGAAUAUUGCGAAAAUAUGAGCCGAAGGAAUAACAUACGGAUUGUUGGAAUUCGUGAGCAUGAAGAAGGCAGAGAUAUGGUGAAAUUCCUAGACGAGCUCUUCCAGAGUCUGCUCGACGUAACAGGCCAUAAGCUGGAAAUCAAGUGAGCUCACCGAGUCCCGGCUCACAGAUCUGCUGAGGGAGACAGGCCCCGAUCAGUUCUGGCCAAAUUUCUGAGAUCAUCCGAUAAAGAUCUCGUGUUGCACCAGGCGAGGAGCAAAGGAAAGCUUUCUUGGAAGAAUCACAAUAUUUUCUUAUUCCCGGAAUUUGUGAAUUAGACAAGAGAAACGUGAACUCUUACAUCAACGGAAGAUCGCUUUUGCACUGAUGUUUCCAGCCAGACUGAGAAUAGACACCAAGGACGGCAGCAAAGUAUUUUUAUGCCCCAAUAAGGGACUGGCCUACAUAGAAACUAUGGGCGAGUAAAACGAUUGGGCGUUUCUUAUGUGAGUGGACUGACUCGCUGUUCAGUGACUCGACUAUCGAAGCAAGCCGGGCGCCAUUUUUGUUUCUUUUUGCGUUGGCUCUGCCAAGCGGCUGGAGUUUGUUUUGUGGCAGGACUCCUUCAAGAAACUUUUGCAUUGACGGAAGAUCGCUUUUACUCUGAAGUUCCUGGCCAGAUUGAGACUGGUCUCUAUGGAUGACCGCAAAAUAUCUACAUGCUCACAUAAAGGACGUCCUUUAUAAAGUUGACGGACUGAGUAAGUCAUGGUGUUUUUUCUCUACGCGGCCUCCGAGAGAAUUUGACUCUUGAUCAUCCAAGGAAUUUGACUCUUGAUCAUCCAAGGAACUAUGCCUAUUUUGUUUCUUUUUGUGCUGGUUCCGCCUAGCGGCUGGAGUUUGUUUUGUGGAAUAACACUGCUUCGGGACAGUUGUGGAUGAAUCUGUUCGUUCUUUGUGCUUGCGCCUCCUGUUUGCUGGAGUUUGUUUUGUGGAGUAUUUUCGUGGGACAUUGGAAUGAUUACGUCAUCUGCUGCACUCAUAAUAGCUGGCUCACUGAACACUUGUUUGUCUGUCCGAGGAAACUAAAUGGCUUUAUAUCAGCUGGAAGUUGUUUUGUGGAGGACCACACCUUCGAGACUGUUCUGUGAAUGAAUCUACAAGUUCUUUGUGUUUAUUCUGCCUGUUGGCUGGGGUCUGUUUUACAAAGUAUUUGCUGUUAUGUAAUUUUGCCUCACAAAAUUUGUGCAGAAGCAGCGGACUUAAACAAUCCGAUGGCAAAGUUGUCACGGGGGUCCUCGUAGGCAUACAUGGACAUUUUGAGUUUAGAGGGAUUGAUGCCGGUUGGCGCUGUCGUGCGUGGGGUUAAUGUGCACGUUUUUCUUUUUUCUAUUUGUUUUGUUCGGGGUUUUAUUGUUGCACUAAUGGGGAGUGUGGUCUGUAUAAUCUUAUUUUUGACACACAGUUUAUUUUUUCUGUCAUAUCAAAAUGUCAAAUGUUAUUAUGAGUAGGUUAUCUCUCUCCACAUGGAAUGUGAAUGGGUUGGGGCACCCCAUAAAAAGAAGGAAGGUUAUUUCUUAAACGCAAGAAAUAUGAUAUACUGUUUCUUCAAGAAAUGCAUCUCUCCUCGCAGCAAGCAGAGAAAUUUGGGAAGAUAUGGGGUGGACAUGUUUUCUUUAGUGCUGGCUCAAGUAAGAGCUGGGUAGUCAUUAUAGUGAUAAACAUCUACAAUUCAAAUUUCUCAAACAGAUUAAAGAUAAAUUAGGAAGAGUCAUUAUUGUUUUAGGAGAAAUUAUGGGGCAAAGGUUGAUUUUGGCUAAUAUUUACUCACCUAAUGCUGAUGAUCAGGGCUUUUUUAUAGAUCUUGAAGGGAUGUUGCAAGCCGCUGGCACCCCUCAUGAUAUAAUAUUGGGAGGAGACUUUAAUCUGUUGAUGGAUUCAGUCUAUGAUCAUAGUGAAGCAAAAGUGUGUAAGCCCCGUAGAGCAACGGUGACACUUCAAAGGAUGUGUAAAAAUCUUGGUCUUUCAGAUAUUUGGCGACUUUUGAACCCAUCUGGUAGGGACUAGACAUUUUUUUUCAUCAGUCCACAAGAUUUAUUCUAGAAUAGAUUUCUUUUUAUAUCUAAGUCUCUCAUUUAAUCUGUUGUUGAUUGCUCAGUUGGAAACAUCUUAGUCUCAGAUCAUGCCCUGGUGAGUUUAGAGGUGUUGCCACAUACAGAGAAAAAGAAAUCAUAUAGUUGCCGCUUUAAUGUAUCACUUUUGCAAAAUCCUAAUUUCCAACAAAUGUUAAAGACUGAAAUCAAUGUUUAUAUGGAGACCAACUGGUCAUCGAUAUCCUCUGUGGGCGUGGCUUGGGAGGCACUUAAGGCAGUUCUGAGGGGUCGGAUCAUACAGUAUGCAAAGCACGAGAACUCGUGGAGUUUGAAGGGAAUAUUAAAAGUGCAGAGGCAGAGCUGAAGCACAGAAUAUCGUCUGAUGGCCUCAGAGAACUGACCCAUACUAUUUUAUCGUGGAAAGUGGAGUUUUGGCUAUUCAGGGCAAGACAGUCAUACUGUAUCAGGAGACAAAGCAGGGAAGCAUUUGGCUAGAUAUAUAAAGCAGAGAGAGUCUUUUUCUACCAUUCCCUCAGUGAAAUCUGCUGGUGGUGAAAUUUUUACCUCAGCCAUUGAUAUUAAUAAUGCCUUUAAUCUCGAUCUCUAUAGUUCCACGUCUUCAUCUACUGAUGAAGAUAUUAGAACAUUUGUGGAACCAUUAGAACUCCCUAAAUUGACGACUGAGCAAAAAAAUUAUCUGGAUUCUGAGAUAACCUUGGAGGAGCUUGAUGAGGUAAUUAAAGCCUUACCUACAGGCAAGGCUCCAGAGCCAGAUGGUUUUGCUGCUGAAUUUUUUAGAUCUUAUGCUACAGAAUUGGCUCCCCUUUUGUUAGUAUAUACAGAAUCAUUAAAGAAUGGAAAGUUUCCUCCAACCAUGACAAAAGCUCGGAUCAGUCUGAUUCUUAAAAAGGACAAAGAUCCAAGCGAGUGUAAAAGUUACCGUCCAAUUUCCCUGAACCAGCUAGAUGUAAAAAUUUUGGCAAAGAUUUUGGCUAACUGAUUAAGAUAUGACAUCUUAUAGAUCAAGUGGGGUUUAUUCGGGGUCGUAGCUCUUCUGAUAAUAUUAGGCAUUUCAUUGAUAUCAUGUGGUCAGUAGCGAAUGAUCAGUCUCCGAUCGCUGCCAUCUCACUUGACGCCGAAAAGGCGUUUGAUAAGGUAGAAUGGGAUUAUCUAUUUAAGAUUUUGGAAAUAUAUGGGUUCGGGAGUACAUGUAUUACCUGGAUUAAGUUACUUUAUAGACGCUCUGUUGCAGUGGUACAAACAAAUGGAUUAAUUUCAGAUUAUUUUACUCUGAAUAGGGGCACUCGGCAGGGUUGCACUCUUUCCCCAUUAUUGUUCUGUCUUGCCCUGGAACCAUUAGCAGCCGCAAUAAGAAAUGAGGAGGAUUUUCCAGGGGUGAUUACUGGAGGUAUGGCGCAUAAGCUUCUGCUUUAUGCAGAUUAUAUUUUAUUAUUUGUCUCUGACCCUACUAGAUCUAUGCCUUGCCUCCACAGAAUUAUUCAUUCCUUUUCCAAAUUCUCAGGAUACAAAGUUAAUUGGGCUAAAUCCGAAGCUUUGGCUCUGACAGCGUACUGUCCAGUAGCGGCCUUACAGCUGGGCGCCUUCCAGCAGCCCAAACAGGGCAUCAAGUAUUUGGGUAUUUUAUUCCCAGCAAAUUUGUCUGAUUUAGUUAGUUCAUUUUGAUCCUAUAAUAAAAAGAUUUUGGAGCGAUGUGGACAUGUGGGCUUCAUUACAUUUAUCGAUGAUUGGGAAGGUUAAUGUUAUUAAAAUGAAUUGUAUUCCAAAAUUCAACUACCUGCUACAAUUUCUCCCUGUGAAUGUCCUCCUCUCUUAUUUCAUACAAUUUGAUAGCAUAGCGAAGUCCUUCAUUUGGAAUGGUAAACGUCCCAGGUUACAUUUCAGUAAGCUGCAUAGGCAGAUUGACAAAGGUGGGCUAGGCCUACCCAAGAUUUUGUUUUAUUAUUAUGCGUUCGGUCUCAGGCAUUUGGAUCAUUGGUCGCUUCCACCUGAGAGAGCCCCUCCCUGGUUUGGUAUUGAACAAGAAGUCCUUGCCCCUAUUUUGCCAUUACAAAGCCUUUCUAUCAAACUAACCAGAGAAGCUAAGUCACACCCCGUUAUUUCUCAUUUGCACUCAGUAUGGACAAAAGUGUCCAGAGUGUUUAAUUCAGACAUUUAUCAGAAUGCUGCCUCGAGCAUAUGGCUGAACCCAAAAUUAUGUAUUGAUAAGUCCCCUUUCUGAUAUAGUGGAUUGCGAGGGGGGUUAAUAAACUCGGUGACCUAUAUGAGAGUGGAGUGUUGAGAUCCUUUGGUAAUUUGGCUCAACAUUUUGGGAUUCCCAGAUCUCAGUUUUUUAGGUAUUUACAGUUGCGCCACCUGCUCUGUUCUAUUUUUGGGAGUAGCAUACAUCCCCCUAAAGUGGCAGAUACUUUGGGAGAGGUGAUUACUGCUUUUGGAAAAGGUCAUGAGGCAUCAGUGUAAUACUCCCUGCUAGUUCAGAGUCUGGGGGACGGAGCUUUACCUCUAUCAAUAGAUUAUGGGAGAAAGAUUUUAAUUUGGUAUUGGAGGAUGGAGUGUGGGCUGGGAUUCUAAAAUACGUCAAGACUGCAUCUAGAGACGCAAGAGUGCAACUUAUACAAUUCAAGAUUUUACAUAGAUUCUAUUGGACCCCCACUAGACUGUAUAGGCUUGGUCUUAAAGACACACCCGCCUGCUGCCGUUGCCAAUCAGAGGAUGGAGACAUAGCGCACCACCAAAAAACAUGGGCCGAGAUUCAGGAAUUUUGGUUGAAGGUACAGAGUUUUGUAUGUGACAUGUUGGGCAUUCGGAUUUCGUUUUGCCCCAGACUCUGUGUCUUGGGUGAUGGGGCAGUCAUCAAAAUAGGCUAUAAAUACAUAAAAGAUUGGGUCAUCGCCAAUGUGAUGAUAGGCAGGCAGAUUGUUUUAAGGGGUUGGAAGUCGGUGGGAGCACCCUCAAUUCGGGAGUGGUGCGAGGAGAUGGUAAGGGUGGCAGCCUUUGUAGAAAGCUGGGAUUAUGGGAUUCUUUUAAUGGGAAAUGAGGUAAAUAUUUUAUGUUUUGGGGGGCUUUCGGAGUAGGUCUGUGGAGAGAGGAAUGUAGUUUAGAGUUGUAUGUUUAUUAUAUGUGUAUGUAUAUAUGUGUAUGAGAAUGUGUAUGUAUGCGUAUAUACAUAUGUAUAUGGGUGUGUAUGUAUAAACAGUUCAAACGUGCUCAAAAGUUUGCAUACCCUUGGAGAAUUGGUAAUAUACACUAUAUUGCCAAAAGUAUUCGCUCAUCUGCCUUUAGACGCAUAUGAACUUAAGUGACAUCCCAUUCUUAAUCCAUAGGGUUUAAUAUGACAUCGGCCCACCCUUUGCAGCUAUAACAGCUUCAACUCUACUGGGAAGGCUUUCCACAAGGUUUAGGAGUGUGUUUAUGGGAAUGUUUGACCAUUCUUCCAGAAGUGCAUUUGUGUGGUCAGACACUGAUGUUGGACGAGAAGGCCUGGCUCGCAGUCUUCGCUCUAAUUCAUCCCAAAGGUGCUCUGUCGGGUUGAGGUCAGGACUCUGUGCAAGCCAGUUCUUCCACACCAAACUCACUCAUCCAUGUCUUUAUGGACCUUGCUUUGUGCACUAGUGCGCAGUCAUGUUGGAACAGGAAGGGGCCAUCCCCAAACUGUUCCCACAAAGUUGGGAGCAUGGAAUUGUCCAAAAUCUCUUGGUAUGCUGAAGCAUUCAGAGUUCCUUUCACUGGAACUAAGGGGCCAAGCCCAGCUCCUGAAAAACAACCCCACACCAUAAUCCCCCCUCCACCAAACUUCACAGUUGGCACAAUGCAGUCAGACAAGUACCAUUCUCCUGGCAACCGCCAAACCCAGACUCGUCCAUCAGAUUGCCAGAUGGAGAAGCGUGAUUCGUCACUCCAGAGAACGCGUCUCCACUGCUCUAGAGUCCAGUGGCGGCGUGCUUUACACCACUGCAUCCGACGCUUUGCAUUGCACUUGGUGAUGUAUGGCUUGGAUGCAGCUGCUCGGCCAUGGAAACCCAUUCCAUGAAGCUCUCUACGCACUGUUCUUGAGCUAAUCUGAAGGCCACAUGAACUUUGGAGGUCUGUAGCGAUUGACUCUGCAGAAAGUUGGCGACCUCUGCGCACUAUGCGCCUCAGCAUCCGCUGACCCCGCUCUGUCAUUUUACGUGGCCUACCACUUUGUGGCUGAGUUGCUGUCAUUCCCAAUCGCUUCCACUUUGUUAUAAUACCACUGACAGUUGACUGUGGAAUAUUUAGUAGCGAGGAAAUUUCACGACUGGACUUGUUGCACAGGUGGCAUCCUAUCACAGUACCACGCUGGAAUUCACUGAGCUCCUGAGAGCGGCCCAUUCUUUCACAAAUGUUUGUAGAAGCAGUCUGCAUGCCUAGGUGCUUCAUUUUAUACACCUGUGGCCAUGGAAGUGAUUGGAACACCUGAAUUCAAUUAUUUGGAUGGGUGAGCGAAUACUUUUGGCAAUAUAGUGUAUGUACCAUUUUUAAAGAGAACAUGAGUGAGCAGGCAAAACACAUUUAUUUCUUAUGGGAUUCAUAUUCAAAUGUAGGUUAUAACAGAAUGGCACAAUCAUAAAACAAAUCAUGGCAACAAAGAAAAAAAUAAAAUGACACCUGUUCAAAAGUCUGCAUACCCUUAGUUCUUAAUACUGUGCAUUGCCCCCCUUUAGCAUCAAUGACAGCGUGCAGUCUUUUGUAAUAGUUGUCAAUGAGGCCCCAAAUUCUUGCAGGUGGUAUAGCUGCCCAUUCAUCUUGGCAAAAUGCCUCCAGGUCAUGCAAAGUCUUUGGUCGUCUUGCAUGAACCGCACGUUUGAGAUCCCCCCAGAGUGGCUCAGUGAUAUUAGGGUCAAGAGACUGUGAUGGCCACUCCAGAACCUUCACCUUUUUCUGCUGUAACCACUGGAGGGUCAACUUGGCCUUGUGCUUAGGGUCAUUGUCGUACUGGAAAGUCCAAGAGCGUCCCAUGCGCAGCUUUCUUGCAAAAGAAUGCAAAUUGUCUGCCAGUAUUUUCAGAUAACAUGCUGCAUUCAUCUUGCCAUUAAUUUUCACAAGAUUCCCCAUGCCUUUAGAGCUUACCCCCCACCCCCUCCAAAACAUCAGUGAGCCACCACCAUGCUUCACAGUGGGGAUGGUAUUCUUUUCACUAUAGGCCUUGUUGACCCCUCUCCAAACAUAGCGCUUAUGGCUGUGACAAUAAAGCUCUAUUUUGGUCUCGUCACUCCAAAUUACAGUGUGCCCACAAGCUGUGAGGCGUGUUGAGGUGUUGUUGGGCAUAUUGUAACUGGGCUUUUUUGUGGCAUUGGUGCAGUAAAGGCUUCUUUCUGGCAACUCAACCAUGCAGCUCAUUUUUGUUCAAGUAUCGCCGUAUUGAGCUCCUUGAAACAACCACACUGUCUUUUUCCAGAGCAUCCUGUAUUUCUCCUGAGAUUACCUGUGGGUUUUUCUUUGUAUCCCGAAGAAUUCUUCUGGCAGUUGUGGCUGAAAUCUUUCUUGGUCAACCUGAUUUCUGUUAUCAUUAUGAUUUAAAAAGGAGCCAAACAACUAUGUGAUAAUAAAUGGCUUCAUAUUAUCACUAUCCUUAAAGACAGUUUUUUUUUUGCAUGAUCAGUCAUAUUUUCAAAAUCUAUGCCAGGGUAUGCAAACUUUUGAGCACAAC